AUGGCGAGUGCCAAGGGACCUAUGUUCAUUCCCAUUCCGCCAAGCCUUGCUCAGCGCUGCGGGCACGACAUGGUGGAUCCGGGGAGCUUCAACAUCGCUCCUCCACCUGGGCUCCCGCCUCCAUGCAGCAUGUGCCCAGGAGAUGUGCUUCGUGCUUUCGCUCAUGCGAAAUCCGCAGUCAUCGAGCUUGACAGCAUCAGCAGCUGUGCGGCCAUGCAAGAAAUGAGCGCCUUCUGCACCCGGCCGGAAAGUACUGGGACAAGGUGUUCGACAGAUGAGCCAGCGACGCCUCCAGCCCCUCCGACACCAGAGUCACAGACUACAGAUCCAGAGGUAGCUUGCGUGGGUGCCUUAACAGCUUGGGCUCUUGAAGCAAAAAGGGACGUCGGAGUCGAGGAGGCAACGCUGUCAUUGAGUACGGACAUUGACGAAGCUGUGUUGGAGAAAGCUCUGGCUCCAGUGCUCAAAGACAUCUUGUCCCAGGAGAAGCAGAAAGGGAAGGAAAAGUUUGCCAACAGCAGUGUGCGUUGGUGGACUCGCCCCUCGGCCCCAUUGCUUUGCCCGUUGUCCGGCUUUCCAACUUGCUUGCUGCCUUAUCCACCGUUUAAGCUUCGCGUGGACCCAACUCGUUCGGCCCCGCAUCGAUUGGUGGAUGGCAAGUACCUGGCAAUGACAUGCAUUGUGACCGGUCGUUUCGCGGCAUGCGGACGCGAGCUUCAGACUUCUGACAUUAGCGCGCUUGACGACUACAUCCAUCGAUGCAAGCUUGGCCCGUUUCGUCCGGGCCGCGCAGCAGCGCUCAUGCAGCAAGCUGCAUCAUCGCCAACUCCGAAGCAGCAAGAGGCAGCUGCACAGGAACUCGAGCGUCUCAUGGCAUCAGCUCGUGCUGAGCUGGGAAAGGUGCGUCGAAUCCAGGAGAACAGGCUGACGCAGAUCAAGCAG